AUGAAGUUUAUCGCUACCACCAUUCUCAUCGCCGCUACUACUGCCGUCGCUCAAUAUGACCCUUGCCGCUCGCCUCUUUUCGCAGUUCCUCUCUGCUGCAAGACCGAUCUUCUUGGACUCCUCGGUUUGAACUGUGAAGCACCAAAAAUUGCUCCUCUUAGCGUCGGUGGCUUUCAGGCCACUUGCGCUGCAGCCAAUGCUCGGGAUGCUAAGUGCUGCCUUGCUCAUCUGCUCGACCAGGCAGUUGUCUGUAUCCCCCCCAGUCCCUAA